UGGAUUUAAUACUCUCCACGGGCAGAUGGGAUACGUGCACAGUGAGCUUGCGGCUGUCGAGGCGUAAGGACCCAUAUAUAUAUAUACAUAUGCGUCCACUUGGGGAGACGACGUAAUAAUAAUAAUAAUACACUAUACUAUGGAGUACUGUUGGGGAGCGACGGAGGUGCUCGCGGGCCUGGGUGUCGCGUUUGUCGUGGUGUACUACUACUUCACGUGGACCUUCGACUUUUGGAGCAGCCGUGGAGUCGCGGGCCCCAAGCCGGAGCCGUUUCUCGGGAAUUUCCGGGAGCUGAUGUUCAACCGGACGUACAUGGGCGACUACUUCAAGAGGCUGUACAACGAGUACGGGGACGAGCCGAUGGUCGGGGUGUACGCGCGGCGGACGCCGGUACUCAUGUUGCGCGACCCCGAGCUCAUAAAGAACGUGCUCAUCAAGGAUUUCGGGGUGUUUGCCGAUCGCGGUAUAACGACGUACGCGAAGAUCGAGCCACUGGGCCAGCACCUGUUCUCCCUGGAGCCGGAGCGUUGGCGGCCGUUGCGCGUCAACCUGUCCCCGGUUUUCACGUCCGGCAAGCUCAAGGAGAUGUUUUACCUGCUAACGGAGUGCGCCGAGCACUUUGAGGACUUCCUCGGGACUAUGGUGGCCAAGAGCCCGGAGCUCGAGUGCCGGGACCUCACGGCCAAGUUCACGACGGACGUGAUCGGCGUGUGCGCCUUUGGCCUCAAGAUGAACGCCCUGGCCGAGGAGGAGAGCCAAUUUCGGAAGAUCGGCCGCAAGGUUUUCGAGGUGUCGCUGCUCAAGUCGAUCAGGCUCAAGAUCAGGGAGGCCACGCCGUGGCUGUACAAGCUGCUCGGGCCGUUCAUGUACGACCGGGAGACCAAUGAUUUCUUCAUCGGCUCGAUUACCGAGACGAUGGAGUACAGGCGGAGGAACAACAUCAAGAGGAACGACUUUGUCGAUCUACUCAUGGAGAUCAGGGACAAUCCGGAGAAGAUCAGCCAGAUCGAAAUGACAGACACGCUCCUGACGGCUCAGGCGUUUGUGUUUUUCAUUGCUGGCUACGAGACCUCCUCCACCACCAUAAGCAAUGCUCUGUACGAGUUGGCGCUUAAUCAAGACGUCCAGGAAAAAUUGCGUCAAGAAGUGAGGGACCAAAUAAAGGAGCACAACGGCUCGUUAACGUUCGACGGUAUUAAAAGCAUGAAGUACAUGCACAAAGUAUUUUACGAAACAUUGCGAAAGUACCCGCCGGUUGCGGUGCUCAUGCGAAAAUCGGUGAAAGAGUACACGUUCCCAGGGACGAGCGUGACGAUACCGAAGGACACGCGGGUUUGGAUACCAGCUUACGCCAUUCAACGGGAUCCGCAGAUUUAUCCCAAUCCCGAGGUUUUUGAUCCCGAAAGGUUCGACGAGGAGAUCCACAAACAACGACACCCCGCCCACUUUUUGCCUUUCGGCGAUGGCCCGAGAAAUUGCAUCGGGGCGCGUUUCGCAAAUUAUCAAUCCAAAGUCGGCAUCGCCGUGAUACUCAAGAAUUACAAGGUCGAUGUUUGUGACAAGACGUGCAUUCCGUACGUCAACAACCCAAGGGCGUUCUUGAUCGCGCCAGUGGGUGGUAUUGUAUUAAAAUUCACCAAGGUAUAGAUCAAGUUUUUUACGUUACAUCAUUUGUAUAUGUCAAUAAAUUUAUUUUACAAAA